AACUCUGCACCCUUGUUGAGAACACUUUCUCAUGCUCGUAACGCCGAGAUAAAUCACAUUUUGGCAAUGAUUUGCAUCCUUCUAGUCGCAGGCCACGGUACGGUUUUAGAGACGCAAAUUAAGAAUGAUGUUACAGGCUUGUAUGCCCAUCUGGCUGGGGUGCCCAAAGCCCUGUUACCUGGUGUCGGAGGAAAGAAGAUCUUAGAUUUGUGGUGGGAAACCGUGAACACGCGGCAGCUCUUCAGUGAAGUCUAUCUAGUCACAAAUGCAGACAAGUACAAACAUUAUGAGCGGUGGGCAACGGCAAAUGACUUCCCGGCGGAAAACUUGGUGAAUGACGGCAGUACUACCUUAGAGGACCGCCUCGGGGCCGUCGCCGACGUGGAGCUGGCCAUCCGUAGCCGGCGACUGCAAGAUGAUGUCAUGGUGAUCGCAGGAGACAUGCUCUGCGCUGACCAAAACUUUGACAUUGCUCAGGUUAUUCGCUUUUUCAGGUCCCAGCCUGGAGAGCUGGUUAUAUAUUAUGAGUUAGAAGAAGGAGAGAGGUGCACAUGCAGGGGUAUCGUGGAGGUGUGUCCCAAGUCUCACAGGGUCACGCGUUUCUUGGAGAAACCACAGGAGGGCGUCACCGCAUCUCGUCUGGCCAGUGUGGUCUUCUACUGCCUCCGCAAAGAGACACUAUUUUACCUUUCAGACUUCCUACUCCGGCAGCCAGAGGUGGAAGACAGGGCGUUUGGCAGAUUCUGGGAAUGGCUCAUAAAUGAAGAAAGAUUGCCCGUGUAUGGCAUGAAGCUACCAACAGGAUUCCAACUAAUCGGACAAGUAGGUCUGUCUGACUACACUAAGUGGCUAGCACACUAUUCAGCUAAGCAGCAAGAAUCCCCAGCCAAGUCCAUCGUAUGUCGCUCCUACGCCAGGGUUGGGCUGAUGGGGAACCCCUCUGAUGGCUUCAAUGGGAAAACUAUCGCUAUGACCAUUUCUAACUUCUGGGCCGAGGUCACACUGGUUGAGAGCCAAACUCUGGUUCUCCUUCCUCAUCCUCUCAAUGACCCGACGGAGUUUGGCAGUCUGCAGGAUCUGUUCUGCAUCAGCCGUAAAGAAGGGUAUUUGGGUGGUCUCAGGCUUCUGCAGGCCACCUGUAAAAAGUUUUACCAGUUCUGCUCAACUCAAGGCAUUGCUCUCACAAAGCAGAAUUUCACUCUGAGGUAUGACACCAACAUCCCACGGCAGGUGGGCCUGGCUGGGAGCAGUGCGAUCGUGUCUGCUACCUUGAAGUGCCUGAUGAAGUUUUACAACCUGACUGAAGAUGACCUUCCUAAGCCAAUCCGAGCCAACUUCAUACUGAAUGUGGAGACCGACGAGCUUUUCAUCACCGCAGGUUUGCAGGACAGAGUGGUGCAGGUCUAUGAAGGAUUAAUAUACAUGGACUUUAACAAGCAGCUAAUGGACGAGCGAGGUUAUGGAGAGUAUGAGGCCCUGGACAUGAGCACCCUCCCCUCGUUUUGGCUGGCUUAUCUGGGCGAUCCGAGUGACUCUGGCCACAUUCACAGCGACGUCAGACGGCGCUGGCUCAACGGGGAAGCUGAUGUGGUUGAAGCCAUGAAACACUUUGCCGACCUCGCAGACCAGGCCCGGGUAGUCUUCCAGACAAAGGACUGGCCCAGAUUGGCUGAGCUUAUGGAUAAAAACUUUGAUCUGAGACGAUCUGUAUAUACUGAUGAAUGUUUGGGCCAAGGAAAUCUCAGAAUGGCACAGCUGGCUAGACAGUUUGGCUCUGCUGUGAAAUUGCCUGGCAGUGGUGGUGCGGUUGUGGGCUUGUGUGUGGAUCCUGAGCGACUGGGGGAGAUGAAGAGAGCGUUCCAGGAGGCUGGCUGUGUUUUCUGUCUUAUCGUGCCCCAUGGUCCACCAGAUUACGAGGAGCAGGGUUCAAAUAAUAUUCCCAUUAACGUCAAAUAAUAUAUUCUAUUUAUACUUAGGAAGUGUAACCGGACAUUUUGCUCCCAAAGCUCGACAGGGGUGAUGUAUUUUAGCCACUGGAGCACACGAGGUCAUCGUUACUGGCUACUCUGGGGACUGUUAUGUUCCGCGGUGCAUUUUGCAACAUUGAGCUUGUGUGUUGUAGCGGGUCUCGGGCAGCAGAAACAAUUGUCUAGUUAGAGAGCUAUCAGUGCGAGCACUGUACACCCUUCCUGUCCCUUUGUUUCAGUACAUUAAUAGCCCAAGACCUAAAACUAAAAGUGUGUGAAAGUGAGUGUGUGAAAGUGAGUGACUGUGUGAGAGUGAGUGUGUGAGAGUUCCUAUGUGAAAAGUGUUGCGCAUUUUACGAAUUUUUUUUUUUUUUCGCCGACAAACCGGUGUUUGUUUAAACUUUUGGAUUACGAAAUGGAAUGUUAAUUAAAAGGGGAUGUAACAUUCA